AUGUCUGCUUGGGACGGUUACUUGACCGAACAUGUCGUUGGAAGCGGCCAUGUUGACAAAGCUCUUCUCAUUGACCAAACGGGACAGGCAGUAUGGGGAAAAGGCUCGGAAGUCGAGAUGACCCCCCAAGAAAUGAACAGUUUGGCUUUCGCCUUUAACGACGCAAGUACCGCACAGAAGGAGGGAAUUUUGGUUGAGGGUGAAAAGUACAUCUUGACGACAAUACUUGAUAUUGAUAACAUUCCGAUCAUGCAUUGUCCAAAGGGCAAGCAAGGUAUCAUUGCUGCGAAGUGCACAACGUCCAUUCUUGUAACUCACUACAACGAGUCGACCCCUGCUCAAAGUGCCCUCAGUCAUGUUGUCGGUCAGGCAAAACAUCUUAUUGGGUACAAGCUGUGA